AUGACCACUCAUCGUUUUAAGGUAACCUCCGUGAACGAGUUAAAUCGUGAUAAACUCGCAUCUCCACCAUCGGAACUCCUUCCGCUAAUUAAGGUUCCAAAUGAUACUCUAACAGCACCUUCGGUGACGUCAGUGAACGAAACCACCAGACCACCGAUGAAACUGUUUAACAGCGUUAUAGAAAAACUAAAGUCGAGUUCGUCAACAUUAGAUUUUAUGCGUCGAACUGAUUCAUCUUCGUUACCGGUUCGCAAUGCAAAUAGCGUGACAAAUUUGGCAAUUGGUGCGGAAUCGGAAGGUGGAGAUUCAUGUUACUCUACAGUUCAUUCCAACACAUUAGAUACAAAUUCACUUCGUUUACCUAAUAAGUUUCUGCAAGAAUUACGUUCAAAACGUCGCGAAAUACGUGAAAAGAGCAAGAACAUGUCCAUCGACGAACGCAUCGCUCUCAAUCGCUGUCGAGAUGAUCAAGAAAUCUUGCGUGCACAAGAUAUAUUCGAUAUACAUUUCGAAUCGAAUGAAAAUGAGAAUCUUCCAGCCAAUGUCUUCAAUGAAAAUUCUCAAGAAGAAAUUCGAAAUAAAAUUUUCCACGAACUGGAUCGUCAACGAAGAAGACAAUUCCACAAACAACGUCGACAACAAGUUCUUGGUCGAGCACUCUUGAUGCUUAUCACAUCUAUUUUACUUUUCAUGGGUAUCACACUAGUUUACGUAGUUGUAAAUCUCUACGAUCAUGUUGGUGACGUUGAGAAAACUUUCCUCGAUAUUGAAUUCGUCUCGAUAAUCAACGAUAAAACAACCGAUGCUUAG